UCACCAUUCCUUUGGGUGACGCACGAAGGGGCGAAUGGGUGACAGCCACGAAAAAGUGCUGAAUCAGCAGAAAAAACAGCGCGCUUGUUGCUUGCUUGGAGGAGGAAGACAGCUGAAGACAAAGUGAAGAAGGCUGUGGUGUUGUGGUGGUGGUGGGAACGGGCAACGUGUUUGCUUGGUGUGCUGGGAGACAUCGACGAGCAGCCACCAUUAGCAGUGCGCACGGAUACAUCUCACUGCAUGCUGUCAUGGCGUUGGAGUACGAGCGGGAACGGACGUUUGCUGGGCUUGCUGGUGACUAUGCCUUGUCGCUUGUGCCGAUUGUUCGAUGGCUUCCCAAAUACACGCUAUCAAAGGCACGCAAUGACUUCAUCGCCGGGCUCACAGUCGGCCUGAUGGUCGUGCCACAAGCAUUGGCAUACGCCAGCAUCGCCGGCCUUGACGAGCAGUAUGGCCUGUACUCUGCGUUUAUGGGCUGCUUCGUGUACGUGUUCCUCGGCACGGCCAAAGACAUCACCCUUGGCCCAACAGCCAUCAUGUCUCUCCUCACAGCGUCAAACUCCGAUCAAGUGGACGGAAAGACGGUCCCGGCCCACGCCAUCUUCCUCACGUUCAUGGCUGGCGUCAUCCAGCUUGGCAUGGGGCUGCUGCGCCUCGGGUUCAUCGUGGACUUCAUCUCAUAUCCCGUCAUCUCUGGCUUCACCUCCGCCGCUGCCAUCACCAUCGGCUUUGGCCAAGUCAAGCACCUCUUUGGACUGCGCGGUGUACGCCGACCGUUUACGCAAUGCGUGUAUGACACGUUUCGCAAACUCAACCACACCAUCGUGCCGGAUUUGCUCCUCGGCUUCGUCUGCAUCGUCGCCCUCUACUUGCUCAAAACCACCACCUCAAAGCCGAGCUGGUAA